AGGGGUGGUAACAAGCUGCAAGUUCACGUCAGGGUAACACUGUGGAGCACACAGGUUGUGGAAGUCCUGAUAGUUUUGUCGAGUCCAAACAGGUCGGACCUAAUUUUUUUGCAUUUUGUCUAAAUUGACGGUGAAACGUGCGGUGAAGACUAGACGCUAGCCGAACACAUAAUGGCUGCACUGCGUCGUCUGAGGCAGUGCAACUCCACAGGCAUUGCUAUCUCUCAUUUUCACACGAGCAGCCAUGCCUCUGCCAAACAGCACUACAAAAUGCUAGUGCUGGGAGGAGGAAGUGGGGGCAUUUCAAUGAGUGCACGCAUGAAGAGGAUGAUGGGAGCUGAAAAUGUGGCUGUCGUGGAGCCGAGUGAGAUGCACUACUAUCAGCCAAUAUGGACCCUGGUUGGUGCUGGUGCAAAAACAGUAACUUCAUCAGGUCGUUCCACUGCGAGUGUUAUGCCAUCUGGAGUGAAGUGGGUGAAAUCUAAAGUUCAGGAAAUAAACCCAGACACAAAUACUGUCCACACUGACGAUGGGACUGAAAUCUCCUAUGAGUAUUUGAUUGUGGCUCUUGGUUUACAACUCCAUUAUGAGAAGAUCAAAGGACUGCCUGAAGGAUUUGAACAUCCAAAGAUUGGGUCAAACUACUCAGUCCAAACUGUGGAGAAAACAUGGAAAGCACUGCAGGACUUUAAAGAGGGCAAUGCUGUGUUCACAUUCCCAAAUACUCCUGUAAAAUGUGCUGGAGCUCCACAGAAGAUCAUGUACCUAUCAGAAGCCUAUCUCAGAAAAACAGGAAAAAGGGCAAAGGCAAAUGUCAUGUACAACACAUCUCUACCCGUGCUCUUUGGGAUCAAGAAAUAUGCUGACUCAUUGUGGGACAUUGUAAAACAGCGUGACAUCCAAGUGAACCUGAGGCAAAAUCUGAUUGAAGUGCGUGCAGACAAGCAACAAGCUGUGUUUGAAAAUCUUGACAAGCCAGGUGAAACCAAAGUGAUAGAGUAUGAAAUGCUUCACGUCACGCCUCCAAUGGGACCCAGCUUGGUGAUUAAGGGCGGUCCACUGGCAGAUGCAGCUGGCUGGUUGGAUCUCGACAAAGAUAACCUCCAACAUAAGAGGUAUCCAAAUGUGUUUGGGAUUGGAGACUGUACCAGCUUGCCCACAGCCAAAACGGGCGCCGCUGUCGCUGCACAGACUGCUAUCUUGAACAGAACCAUCAGCAAAGUACUGAAAAAUGAGAAGCCUGAUAAGAUAUAUGAUGGCUACACCUCAUGUCCGUUGGUUACGAGCUACAACACAGUGAUCCUGGCAGAGUUUGAUUACAACGGACAACCGCUAGAAACAUUCCCCAUUAACCAAGCCAAAGAAAGAAGAACCAUGUACUACAUGAAAGCUGAUGUAAUGCCUCACCUCUAUUGGCAUGGGCUUCUACGGGGCCUGUGGGGUGGACCAGGACCAUUCAGGAAACUUUUCCAUCUUGGGAUGAAAUGAAACCUCAACAUCGGUUUGCAAGUUAAUAGCUCCAUUCUCUAAACGUUUAGGGAAAGAAGCAGCACAUUGAAUCCAUCAUUUUUUUCUAAAAAGGGUGGUGGUAAGAUUUAUUACCAGGACAUCAUGACUAGGGUUGUCACAAUACUAAAAUUUCAACUCGAUACGGAUACUCAUGAAAAUAUUUGAUACUCGAUACCAUUUUCGAUACCACAAGGAUAAAAACAAAGACCCCAAAAUUUAACUGAAAUAUUUUUAUUAACAAGAAAAAUGGAACAUGUAAAAAUCAACAGAACCAGAGGUUAAAUAUUUAUAAUAAAAAACAGUUGUGCAAAAAGAAACUGCAACUAUGAUAACAAGCUUCAGGUCUGAGGUAGUGAAAAAUAUUUUAAGGUUUUAUGCUGUGAAGGUGGUGGGGGGGGGUAUCGAUACUUUUGAAAAUGGGUAUCGUAUCCGGAUACAACGUUUUAGUAUCGAUACUUUUUUGAGUAUCGAUACUUUUGACAACCCUAAUCAUGACUAAUCACUGCAAGUGUCAGAAGUCAUUGUGAGUAUUUAAAUACAGUUAGCGGUGCAUUGAUAUCACCAUGAAAUAAAAUGACUCUUGUAAUGAGAGAGUUGUUUGCAGUGUAAAAAACACUCAACACAAAAUGAACACUCACCUGAGCAGUUCUGUGUAGCCUUUAGCUGCUCAUAGAUCAAUAUUUUGGCGGCACAUUGAAUGUAAAGUCUUGCUUUAUCCAACUAGCAAUGGCAUUUUUAUGAGAUCCUGAAACCCUAGGGGCACCAGUGUACCAGUGUAAGGCAGUAGGGUUCUCCCACAGCCUUCUGUUGUUUUGGUACAUUAUAUGAUCAUUUGUUUCUGCAGGGUAUUGGAGGGAUGCUCAACUUCAACAUUGUAAUCAAUCUGUUGACAGUACUCACUAAUCACAGUAUACAAAUAUACCUUUUCACAUUAAUAUGAAAAUCAAGAAGUGCUUUUCUUACAGUGUGAGAAAUAGUUUUGUACAUAGUGAUUAUUUUUCUGAGUUCUUAACUGAGUUAUAAACAUAUUUGUGGUUAUAAUCAGUGUAAAUGCAUUAUUGUAUUACAAUGCAUUAUUCUUUAAUCAUUAAAAUGAAUGUUUCUUUUAAAGUAAAAACUGAAAUUGAUGAUCAAGAUCAUAAAUAUCUACUAUGCAUAGUU